AUGGCGUCUGGAGUAGCUAUCGAAGAACAGACCUUACCGCGGUAUCAUCAGAGGAAUUACUACCCCGUCAAAACUGGGGAGAUAUUCAAAGAUCGUUACCAGAUUAUUGUAAAACUUGGAUACGGUGCAUAUCCCACCGUCUGGCUUGCCUGGGACAAAAGGGUGAAGCAGUACACUUCACUCAAAGUGGGUGUUAGCCAAAAUACCGACUCUUCCCCAGUUCUUAACGAGAUCAAUAUGCUGCAGCGUUCCAAGCGAUUCGCUGAGACCGAUCAGCGGGACCUCCCUGGAGUGGGCUUUACUCGUCUUGCAGAUGAUAUCUUUGAAAUCGAUAGGGCCCCAUGUGGCAAACGACACUUCUGUAUUGCCUCAAAACCCCAAGGCCAGAGUAUUCGCGUGUUACAGGAGACGUUUCCAAAUGCCAUGCUACCUAAGCUUCUUUUGAAAUCCAUCGUACACCGCUUAUGGUUUUCUAUCAAUUGGUUUCAUUCAACCUGUGGUGUCAUACAUACUGAUAUUUCACCUCAGAAUGUCCUGAUGCAACUUGAGGAUGAUAGCAGCCUCAAGGACAUUGAGGACCAAGAGGCACUGAAUCCUAGCAUCCCCGUAAUUACAACUGAUGGAGUGGCUCCAGUUUACAGGUCUCGAACUACCAAGCUGGAGCUCUCAGGCCUCCCAGUCCUUACUGAUUUCGGGCAAAUGCGCCUUGCUGAAGGGCAUAUUAAUCAGGAUUGGUGGAUGCCUGAUUUAUCCUUGGCACAGUAUAUUGGAUUUCUGGGUCCUCCACCGCUGGAGGUGAUUCGGAAAAGCCCACUCUUUUCGACCUAUUUUGAUGGAUUUGGUAAAUUCUUCCUUGAUAUUUACGCUACAGAUGCAGUUAAGCUUAUUCGAGAUCUCUAUGCAGGCGACUGGGUGUCUGAACCCCCCAUCCCCGAAACCUCUUUUGAGAACUUUGUCACCUCGAUCCCACCUUGCGAGGAAAAAGACCAGUUUCUCAGGUUCAUACGGAAAAUACUAACUUGGGAUCCGGAAGUGAGGGCCAAUUCGUAUGAGCUCAUAUUCGAUGAAUGGAUGAUGAGGCCUCCUUCGGAGGAUGAUAUGGUGUUUUAA